AUGCAACUGUUGAUGCUUUCUGUGUUUGCUGUUACGGCGCUUGCAGCGCCACAGGGAUAUACGCUUCAAGAGCCAGGCGGCCCUAGUUUCUCAGUAAACGAAGGGCCUGGACUUCAUGUAGGAUCUGCCGAUCGCGUAUCGCUUGGUGUCUCCUCAGGCGCUGAUAGUGUAGGAAUCUCUCCUAGUACUGAUGUUUCUACCGGUGUAAGCCUCAUCACGAAACCUGGAUUCUCUACCAAUAAUGACAGAACGUCUGGUAUUUCUCCCACUGAAACUGGAGUCCUCUCUGAUACUGAUCUUUCAAUUGGUAGUGGCAUUGCCAUAAACUUUGACACUGAAUGCCAGGAGGGAGAAAUCCGACAUGUAGAUGGAUCAUGUGUAGUCCCCGAAAUAACAAGGAAGGUCUUCGUCUUCUCUGUUCCUAAGCAAGAGCGAGAGCCCACCGACUCUACCGUAGACCUCCCCCCGCCGAAGGUAGAGCAUAAUAUCCUCUUUGUUCGCUUGCCUGAGGGAGGAGUUGGUCCCGAGCCCAUUGUUGUGCCUCCGCCAAGGCAAGAAAACAUCAUCUACGUCCUGAAUAAGCAAGGCGAACAAGGCCAGCGCGUGAUCGAAGUACCAGCCCAUCCUCCUUCCGAGCCUGAGGUAUACUUUGUCAACUACGAAGAAGGAGAAAACCCAACUCUCCCAGGAGGACUGGAUCUCCAGACUGCUCUUGGUUCUGCCGCUGAUGCUACGGGUCAGUUUAUUGGAAAUGCUGCCAUUGGCAGUGACGAUGGAUUAGAUACAACUGCAUCCAGUGAGCAGAUAUUCUCCCAAAUUGGCUCGGGACAGUUUAGUACUGGAACGGGUAUCAAUGUAGGAACGGAUAUCAAUGUAAAAAAUAACAAGCCCAAUGAAGGCUUUGUAGCUGUACUAGGAGGAUCUCAGAUAGACUCUGAUGUAGCUGAUAUUGCUAACAGAGAAAUCACAAGUGGCCUGUACUCCAUACCGUAA